UGCCUGGGUCUGUUGAUACGGCACGCUGAUUAUAUACGUUUUAUUAGAAAACGUUGACAUUAUCGGCAAUAGCAAUUGAUUUGGUAAAUUGGAACCUUAACGUAGGAGUAUUUAUAAAUAUACCAAAACUAGGAAAUAACCAGAAGGCUAAUUUUAGCAAUUUCGCGUCAUGUGACUCCAUUUCAACGAAUUGAUUGUGGUUACUUAUCAUGGUUAUAUAAAGACCGAUUCGCAGAAUAAGCCAACAUUUUACAUUUAUUACUCAAGGAAGAGUACCUUUCUACUAGUAAUUGGCUUAAAACAAUCUUCUUUUAUUUCCUCGCAGUUGUGCAGUCUUUCUGAAGUGGUUACCAUUAUUUGCAACAAUGGACGCAGCAAAGAAAGAGCAUAUGGAGUACGAUCAAUCAUUUAAAACUGGAGUCUGUUCAAAGUGUGAUUCGCGGUUUUUAAAUAUAGAAAAAAAAGUUGUGCGCAAACAUAUGCAAAGUGUUCAUGGGGUAUAUCCCUGCAAAGAGUGCCCCAAAAUUGUUUUUUCUUGAAAUAGCUGUAAGUCAGCAUCGUGUGGACAAGAAACAUCACAUGAGCACGUGUGGUACAAUCGGAACAGUCCCAGAGUCUUGGCAUUACGGUGUUCUGAAAGGAAGUCGAAGAGGAGAAAAUCUUGAUGACUUUAUGAAGAGGAAGGUUUAUCCAGAUGAAGAGUACAAGACAAAAAGUAAAGAACUCGUGAAUUACCUGACGAAGUUCGUUCAGAACAAUAUUUCAUUCAGUGUUCGAGAAUUGUUUGUUGGUGGAUCGCAAGGAAAAAAAUAAAUGUGUCAGGUUAUUCAGAUGUUGACUUGGUCAUGUAUAUAAAUGACUACGUCACCAUGGACGAAUUUCAAAACCGUUUGGAUGGUGUCCUACAGAACCUCGCACAACACUUGAAGAAAGACUUGAAUUGGGCAGACGACGUUAAAGUUAUCCAUAUAACGCAUCACGCUGUACAGUUUCAAGUGAAACUAAAAGAGUAUGAUCGGCCAAUCAACGUGGAUCUGUUACCGGCAAUAGAUCUUUCAGAAAAAGCACACACCAUUUAUAAGGACAUGAAGUCACUGACUUCUGAGGAAAGGGAAUUCUUUUCCGUAUCUUUUUCAAAGAAGCAAACGGAAUUUGCAAGGGAGUUGCCAAAUCAAGUAAAGGAAUUGAUUCGACUUGUAAAAUACUGGAAACAGACGGAAAAUCUUCCCGGCAAGUCAUAUUUCUAUGAGCUGUUAGUUCGACAUUUGUGGGGAAACGAAUGGGAUAAACCCCAAUUCAUCUCCAUGGAGGAAAGGUUCAAAGAUGUCAUUUGCAGCCUGAAAAACAUGCGCAGUAUGAAAAUAGUAUGGCCGGAGCUGUAUAAUGCUGAGAAAUACACAACCGUGCCGAGACGUCCUGUAAUGCUGGAUCCUCUGAAUCCUUUCCAGAACCUGGCGCCAUCUGGGAUGGAUGUUGGUGUCAUAAUACAAAACGCAACGAGCCUUCACAGACGAAUGUAACCCGAGCCAAGACUCCCCGAAUCUUUUUAUACCACCCUUCAAAAUAUUAUGUGGCUUUUUAAAAAAUGUUUUAACAGGUGUUUUGAGAGGAGGUUGGGAUAGAAAGUAAUUUUGUUUGUACACUGUCCGAUACACUGGCAACCAGUCAAAAUGCUCAAAUGUACCUGAAAAUCUUUUGGCAGAGUACUAGUAGUCAAAUGUGUUGUUUGGUCUCCACUUCUUUUGCCAGUGAUGAGCUUUUAAGUAAUUCAAUAUAACCACUAACAACUAACCCACUGUCCUGGACAGACAGCCCAGAUAGCUGAGGUGUGUGCCCAGAACAGCGUGCUUGAACCUUAAUUGGAUCUAAGCACGAAAAUAAAUUGAAAUGAAAAUGAAUAAAGUAUAUUGUACAUCACUAAAUUUAUGUUGCGUAUUUGGCCAACUUCAAAUUUACCCCCUCUCCUUCUGCCCGAUACUCAGUCGCUGGAGAAGUCUUAGGCUGUGUCUAGAGUGGACGUGUCUGGACCUUGGAUAUGUUAAUGAUUUACAUUUGGACGGACGAGUGUGGUCUGACAAUGCUAAGGAGUGUCUCCUUUUGCAUGUUGUACACUUGUCGGGCGACGUAUUUCGUAGACGUGCUUUUGAGUAUUAUAUUUAUUACAAUAUAUAAUAUGAUAUAUACUGGUGUUUAGCAGGCAUAGUAGAAUAAAUAUAACUAAACUAGGAGGUGGAGGGCUGUGCAGAAAUAUAUAAAAAUAAUAUUGUUAAAAGCAAUCUGCAUAAUAGUGGUCCGGAGGCAUGUUACCCUUAAAGUGUAUACAAUUAUAGAUGCUAUAAGUUUCAGUUUUGGCCAUAUUAAACAACCCAUCAUUUUAAAACUGGUGUCUUAUAAAAGUAGGCCAUUUUUAAUAACCCCAUUAUGUUAUAACUGAGAUAACCCCCGUAAAUUGGGGUGGGGUGUGCAUCUCUUCUUGAAAACCACAGUAUUUACUUGUUUGAAUUAUGACCUUUAAAACAGCUGUAUAUGUCACCCAAAACAUGGUAAUUUCUUCUAUAGUUGCUACAAAAUCACGUUUAAGGCUGUUCAAAGAGUAAAUAUGGUUCUCAUGGGCCUGUUGAGAGGUCUUAUGAAAAUGACGAGAACAUGGCCCGGGCCCUCUUUGUGCAACGUGGCUCCGAUGACCACAUAUAGGUUAGUUAAUGCAUAAUUAUAAUAUUGUUUACUUUAAGUAUUUAUUCCUUUUGCAUGUUACGUUAGUACACAGUUUUGUGUUGUCAGCCAAACUUAGUAUCCAGGGUCCAGUUGGUCAAACAUUAAUUAGCUUGACCAGUGGUUAACAAAACGUUUUGAAAACAAAAUACUAAAUUUAAACAAAUCACAAUUGUUAAAAUAUAUAUGUUAAAUAUUGAUUUAGAACAACCAAAAGUAACCAGAUACAAACAAAUCCUAACUGUAUUAUGUAAUUAUUUUUUAAAAGUUUAUAAGAAAAAUAUUACACUGACCAAAGGUUAGCUUAAAAGUGUUUUGAACAACUGGACCCUGUUGUAUAAUGUAAUAUAAAUAUUAAACUGUUUAUGUAGCAUAUAAUGAUGCUUACUAUAAUAAAUGUAUUCAGUUCAAUUUAUAAAUUAAAGAAAAAAAGUAAAAACUUAAUUCCAUUUUAUUAUAACACUGUAUGACACAUUAAAAACUCUUCUUAUUCCUAGAAAGUAUUGUAUUACUAGAUCGUUUAAUAUUUACUAACUUGAUGUCAAUAGGAAAUACAAAUGUUUUAAAACGUUUGGGUAUCUGUAUUACAAAAUCAUUAACGUUGAGAUAAGAAGCAAUUGAUGUACAUUAAGCUGAUUCAUUUGUGUAGAUGUAGAUACUGACAUUAUAGUAUUUAAUAUGUUCCAAAGGCGUAAAAGCCUUCUUAACUAAAUACAUAUUUAUUUAUUUGUUUCAUUUUUAAAUUAUAAUUAAUUAGUGUCAUAGCGUAUUUGUAAUCGUUUUGUUAAUCUGUAAAUUUAAAAAAAAUGUUUUAAAUGCUUUAAAUAUUGUAAGAGGAUUUUAGACAUAUAACAUUUCCUUUUUAUAAUUUUAAAUUUAUAUCGUUUUCCAUUAAAGUAGUAUGUUAAUAUAUUAGUAGUAGUAGCAGUUACAAUAUUAUAAGUAAUGGAUUACUAGUAGUAUUAAUAUCACACACACACACACACACACACACACACACACACACACACACAUAUAUAUUGCUAUUUUGUUUUCUCUACAGUUUUAUAUUGUAACACUAUUUUUAGUUUCAUGUAAUAAAAUGUUUUAGGUGUCCAAUAAGUCUAUUUAGACUUGGUGGCAAUAUAAUUUAUGUUUGUUUUGUAUAAUAUGUAUAUUGUUAUUUGACACUUUAAUAAAUAAAUAAAUCAUCAUAUAUUUGCUAUUGUACUUGAAAAUAAUGUUACCAGCACCAGGGCCCAGUUGUUCAAAGAAUGGUUGAUCUGAUCAUGGGCUUCCAUAAAUAUUUAUUUUGGAUACUUUUUGGAAAUGUAAAAUGUAAUAAUACUAGUAAUAAUAAAUUAAAAAGAAAAUAUAAAUUAAUAAAUAAUAAUAAUAAUAAUAAUAAUAAUUUUAAAAAUAAUUAUAAUAAUAAUUUUUAAAUAUUAUACCUUUUAGCUAUUUUGCCCAAACAUCUGGCUAAAUGUUUGAACAACUGGUCCCAAAAUUCUAUAUUCUAUAUGGGUUUAUGGUCUUUGUUACAAUAAAUAUUAAAAUAUGCACACUAAAUGAUCUUAAUUAGGUGCACAUUUUAUUAAUAAUUAGAUACAUGUGUUUUUUAAUAACCAGGUACAGAUUUUAGUCACUAAUUAAAUGUUUAUCAUGUAUUGUUAGAAUAAUUGUUUUGCAAUAAUACCAACAUGUUCAUGGCAUAGGAUGAGAGUGAAGUUUCGGUUUCCAUUACUUGAAGUCAGUGAUUAAAACUAGAUAAUUUAUCUAAUUUGAGUGGUCAUAAUGAAAAACACUUAAAUUUGUCAAAUCCACGAAAAGUGCUUGAAUUUGGGAAAAUCAUCUUGACAAGUGUUCGAAUUGCAUAUUUCCAGUGCUACAUUUUAAAAUUUACCUUCUUCAAGUUUAUUUUCGCGCAAUUCCAAAAUGUGUAAGCUGGUCUUAGUGAAUAGUCAACGUCAUUGUACCACAAAUAUCGAAAAUUGCUAGAUACAUUGUUAAGGCCCUGCUACACGAUACGAGUGACUCGUACGAGUCACUCGGAUUGCAACGCCAACAAGCAUAUCGUAACGUGUGGCAUGUCAGAUGAUUGAAUCGGCCCGAGUCACUCGUACGAGUCGAAGUUUAGAACUUGUUCUAUUUUCAUACGAUUGAAUCGGACGUUUGGGGACGUUGACCAAUCAGAUCGUGGCGCAGAUAACGUUGACGUUCUGAGUGUAAUGGCGGAAAACUCUGUUCGCCUGUCGUCGGUACAGACCCAACAGCGCAUAGAGUAGUAUCAGUGGCACAACUCUUUGUUGGGUGUGUCCAGUCAUUGAUAUAAAUACAGAGACUUACGACAGCCGCCUUCUUAACAAUACACAAUAUUGUUUACCAUGAUUACAGGAAAGAUAUUUUUUCAAUGACGUCACGUUUCAUACGAUUGACAAGUACCGUGUGGCAACAUGUCCGAUUGACUCGGUGCCAGUGACUCGUACGAGUAACUCGGUCCGAUUCUAUCGUAUCGUGUAGCAGGCCCUUUACUUAGACUGACGAAAAUAUAUGAGACCAAGUGUUACCAAUUUGAAUACGGUGAAUACAAAACCGUAAUUUUACCGUAAAAAGUGAUUAAAAAUGCUAAAAUUGUGCCUUCCAAAUUGUUUACGAACCUUGGCAUUUCCAGUAACAAACGUUUAAGAACGUAGACACUUCUCAUUGUCAUUGAUGUUAUUAAUUUUGGACCAGGUGUUAAUGUAACACAUUUUUGCCUCAUAGUUUGUUACAUUAUAAUAAUAUAAUACUUCACUCAUGGGUUGUUGUUUUUUGGUGUCUUUUUUUGUGUCUUUUUUUGUAUUUUUUAAAUUUUAAAAAUACAAUUGGUGUGGUCGUUAAUUAAAAAGUUUAGAUAUUUUUUUAAAUUAUCUUUCUUAGUAUUUCUUGUAUCAUUGAGACCUAAUAAUAAAUGCUGAUUA